GCACGAGGUUGAAAUAGGAACUAUCUUAAAGGAACAAUUCCUCAUGUUAGGGCCUAGACGUGGUUUCCUUGUUCUAUCAUGAUCCAUUUGUCGUCAGAGCCAGGCUAAUGCGCAUUAACAAAGCCCCAUCCUUUUUGUCAUUGACGCCUCUGCAAGGCCCUUGAAACUCACAUUCAGCCUCAAACUUAUUUCUCUUCUCUCUGUUGCGUGUAAAGCAUUUUUAUCAACCCCCUUUGUCCUUCUUCUUUGUUACUAAGGCUUUCGUUGUCAUUGAUUACUUGUGUCGAGCCCAGACUAACAAGGUCCCCGCUCACUGCGCUAAACAAAACCGCAUCGAUAUUCCCCUGCUCGCUCGCUACGUCAGACCUAGAACAAAAAGAUCUACAGCUUCUUUGCUCUUGCCUCUUUGCGCCCAUCACAACCUCGACGUCAAGUCUCGAUCCCUCUCGAAACUCACACUUAGCCUUGUCACCAGAGCUCGUUUCUAGGCGCAACAUCAGUUCAUACACAGACGAUACACUUAAGCAGCAUGGCCACAUCCGUGGGCCAGAGCAGCCUCGACAAUGAUACUCGCGGCUGGAUCAUGUGUGUUGUCAGCGGCAUUGCUUGCGUUGUUGGCGCCUCCAUAGUAUGCGUUGACGUUAUCGUUCGACUAUUUCCUGGCAAGAGAAACUUUCGCAUCCAGGAUAGCAACGUCUUCUUAGCUUGCUCCCUCAGCUUGAGUUUCGGUGUUAUGCUAUUUUCCGCAUUGUAUAGUAUGCUACCGGAGUCCAAAGAAUAUUUCCAGCAGGCCAAAUGGUCUACUCAAGCUGCUGGCCUGGUUAUGAUGUCCUGCUUUGCUGGUGGUUUCAUCGGCAUUCAGGGAGUUUCGCGAUUGCUUCACCAGUUCAUGCCUACCCACGUCGUCGAAUGCGAUCAUACACACGAUGAAAAUGCGACCAAAGACACCUCAUGUCACCACGAGAGGAGACAGUCUCGUGCCCGUCGUCGACAAUCUUCCCAUCCGCCGCCUGAACAAGCACCUGUCAACAAGUCGCUUUCCAAAUUAACCAACGGUACCGGACAAAAUGCUGCGACCGAGUCUACACCUCUGCUGGAAUCCACUUUGGAUAGCCCAACACAACCUCUUAAGAGACAAGCGUCUGCCCGUGAUGGAAUGCGACGUCCUGCUAGUCCAACACGAAGCCGUACCACCACAGGACUUACGGAUGGCUUCCCUGAGAGGAGGAAAUCCAUGCGAGAAGUUCACAAGCGAGUCAUGUCCUUCGUACAAGAUACAAAGUGCAAUUGCGACGAGUCGAACUCCUGCUACGGAUUCACAGACCCUUGUGGCCAAGAGUGCUUCAAGCAUCUAAGUAGCCGAACCAGUCUACCGAGCAGACCUGGAAGACAAACCCAGAUUCUGCGCACUACCACUGGAUCAUUCCUGAACCGCGCGCCUGAACAUUCGCAUGCUCACCACGAUCAUGAGCAUGAGCAUGAGCAUGAGAAUGGAUGUGAAGACUCUGUUGAGCCCUUUGCGAGACCAACAUAUCGAACCAGCAGAGCCAAGUCGCGAGAGCCAUUAGAUCCGAUAGUCCCGGAGGAACUCUCUGAACACGAUAGCUCAUGCUCAUCUGCAGGAGACGACGAAGAUGUCGAAGCUCAACAUCAUCACCACGUUCCAACAAAUGCAUUCUUGUCCAUUGGCCUCCAGACCUCCAUUGCCAUUGCUCUGCACAAGUUUCCUGAAGGAUUCAUCACCUACGCUACCAACCACGUAAACCCAUCUCUAGGUUUCAAUGUUUUCAUGGCACUAUUUGUCCAUAACAUCACCGAAGGCUUCGCCAUGUGUCUGCCGCUAUACAUGGCUCUGGGUUCUCGCUGGCGCGCCAUGGCAUGGUCGGCCUUUCUCGGUGGUCUUUCUCAGCCCAUUGGCGCGGGCGUUGCGGCCCUAUGGUUCAAGCUCGCCGAUAAGACCAAUAUGCAACCCAAUGCAGUUGCUUACGGAUGUCUCUUUGCUGUCACUUCCGGCAUUAUGGUUAGUGUCGCAUUGCAGUUGUUUGUGGAGAGUCUGAGUCUCAACCAUAGCCGUAACCUCUGCAUCUUCUUUGGCUUCCUUGGCAUGGCUUUACUGGGAUUCAGUAACGCUUUGGUGGGCUCUCACUAGUUGGCCAGCCUUGUACGAGUCAUAUAAAUACUUAGCCAGUAUCUUUUUAUGCUGGACGGGCUCACGCUCUGACAUUCGUUCCUGUCAUUACUUGACUCCUUUUCUUGCGCGGUGUUGGUCUGGGGUGCAAUUGGGCUUGUACUUGGGCUUCAUUGGGAGGGGCAUAAAAUCAUUUUGGGUUUCGGCAUUCGGUAUACAGAUAGAAAGGAAAGAAUUUCACUUAUACGCAGGGACUGGGUACACUUGGUCAAACAACUUUAUUUCUUUCAUCAUAGCCAUUUCCCAUCGCUUUUGUGACAUUGCAUUUCAUUCUUCAUACAUCCUGACGGUGUCAUGAUAGCCAGCCGCUCAUACGUUGACCACCGUCAAGGCCUUGCGGCCGGGUAUCUAUUUUAUUUUUCACCUUUUAAAAAACCAGAACAUUUUACCUCCACAAAUGUCCUCUUUUCCUCAGAGAUUACCAAGAGCGGGAUCAAUGAGAGGAUCCUGGACUGUUGAAUCUCUUGCCAGCAGAAGUAUAUUUGUCUCGUCCUCCGGCCAAUCAUCUCGAGGAGGACCAUAGUCCAUUGUAGCGGCAAAGAUGUCAUCCUCCGGCAUGAUACCGGACCAGUUUGUUGUGUUGGAGAAACUUCCAUCGAAGAAGAACUGGGCAGGAUCAAGCUGGUCUCCAGCUAGGAUAAGAGAUGGGUCAGUAGCCGGUGGGUGAUACAGCUCAACAUGUGCAUCCCGGUCGUGGUAGCGAAUGAAGGCUUCAUGGCAGUGGGGACAAGUAAUCGUUCGCUCUGCCUGGUUCGCAGCACCGGAGAGUUCAUCGAUAAGAUUGAUUUCUUGAGGCGGUUCAGGCUUCGAGAGCUUAGGGCGUUCGUGGCCGAGGUGCUUAUAUCGGAUAUGAUCUUCUAGUCGACUCUUGGUACUAAACUUAUCACCACAGCCUUGAUCGUUUGUCCAGCCCUGUAGGCCAGAACUAUUGAGGUCAACUUGGCCGCAAACGAAGCGGAAUCCCUCAUGCGCUGUACGAAUAUGGGCGUUGAGGUUGGACUUCUUAGUGAACUUCUUGGUGCAUUCGUCGUAUGGGCAGGCGAUGUUCUUUCGAUCCUCGACAGACUGGCCGGAAUGGUGCAUUUCGACAUGUUUCUCCAGCUCCCAUCGUGAGGCAGAUUUGAAUUCGCAGAAAAUGCAGUUUUGAUGCUCUUGGCGGAUAUGUGCCUGAAGCAGCACUUCAGUGGUGAAUCCGACCCGCUGUUCUGUGCCAUCGGGCAUCCUCUUCAAAUCGCAUUCGCCGCACCAGAACUUUGCCUCGCCAUGAUCCUUAUCACGGUGUCGCUUCAAGGCCGCCUUGGACUCAAAAGCAUGACGGCACCCUUGCUCUGGGCAUUGGAGUGCAGGUAAGCCCUGAUGAUCUUUUCGAACGUGCUUGCUCAAUGUCUCCUUCUUUCUGAAACUCUGCCCACAGUCUUGGCAACGGAAUCUCUCUUCGCCUUCGUGAACGGCCUGGUGUCGUUUAAGUCGAGUACCCGUCACAAAGCUCUUGCCGCAGCCUUCCUUUUGACAGACGUGUUUUCGCUCAAGAGUAUGGACGGCUUUGAUGUGCUGCUUCAAGUGCUUGUCCUCUAUAUAGUCCUUAUCGCAACCAUCAUAAGGGCACUUAAAUGGUCGAGAAUUGGUGUGAGAAUUGAGGUGAUCUCGUAAUCUGGCAGGUCGAUUGAAGGUCUUGGGGCAACCAGGCCAUGUGCAAGCAAGAGUUUUGAGAUCCGAAGGAAAUUUAGCCCGGGGAGUCGUAGCAGCAGUGUUCACCGUUUGUGGUGAAUCAGGGUCCUGGGUGGAAUAUGGAGUAUGAGCGCUAGUUAAGUCGUCCUCAGCAUCAUCAAUAUCUAAGUUCGCAAUAUCAGCAGAUGCAUCUUGAGAACAAAAGAAUGGAACUAAGC